UAAAUAUUGUAAUUAUAAUUACAAUUAUAAUUAUAUAAGUAAUUAUAAUUAAAAAUACAAUUACAAUUAUAAUUAUAUCUAUAUUUAUAAUUAGUGUAAUAUGUAUAAUUUUUUUCAUUUUAAAUUUAAUUUUAAUUAUUAUUAUUAUUUGUAUAGUUACGAUUAUAAUUAUAAUUUUAUUUAAGUUAUAUUUGUAAUUGCAAUUAUAAUAAUUAUAAUUAUAAUUAUAAUCAUAGAAAUAUUCAAAUCAGAUCAGAUCAGAAAGAUUCAGAUCAGAUCAGAAGGAUUCAGAUCAGAUCAGAAACAUUCAGAUCAGAUCAGACCAGAUCAGAAACAUUCAGAUCAGAUCAGGAAGAUUCAGAUCAGAUCAGAUCAGAUCAGAAAGAUUCAGAUCAGAUCAGAUCAGAUCAGAAAGAUUCAGAUCAGAUCAGAUCAGAUCAGAAAAAUUCAGAUCAGAUCAGAUCAGAACUUAAAAAAUUCAGAUCAGAAACAUUCAGAUCAGACGAAGAGAACAGCUUCUUUGGCUCUUUAGCAAGGUUGACCAGGUCAAACAAAAAGGAAUUCAAUCAACUCCAUGAUUCUCACUUGGCCGAGCAUCGUGCCAAAAAAGAGCUAAGUACCACUUACUCAUCCUUUUACCAAUUAAAGUGCGUGAUUGUUUGUAGAGCAUGCUUCAUACUUAUUAACGAAGUAGAAAUAUUGCUAGUAUUUUUAUCACCAUUAUUUAUUAGGGAAUAAGAUCUCCCAAAAUUAAAUAAUGUCGGGUGAUGCUUUUGUGAUAAUUAUUUUUCACCGUCAUUUAAAUUUAAUGACUGGUUGUUGUGGGCCCGCCGGCCCGCUCCUGAUCGACUUUUAUUAGCGAACGGAGCAUACCUGAUUGACCUUUGAUAGGAAAAUAUCACUGCUAUUACCUGUUACACCACUAUUAUUUAUUGAGGGGUAAAAAUGUCCCGAAUUAAAGAAUGUGGAGCGAAGCCCUAGUGAUGGUUGGUUCAGCCAACAUUUUGUUGAAUAUUUAAUUUCUUGUGGGCCUAUCGGCCCACUCUUGAUCAGCUUGAUUAAGUGAUCCGAGCGUCUCCAGAAGGGCGGUGCCCCGACGACGCAUUUUAAUUUGAGGGUUACGCAAUAGUCCGCACGGCACUACGUGCCCGAUCGACGAUCAUACCCCAUUAUCAUUUACGCCAUUAAGCGAAAUGACUAUUGCCAAACGUGGCAUGUGGGGCCCGAAGGCACCAAAGCACCCAACCUCCUUUUUCUGAGGACAGUGCGACCAACUUGGGUCUGAGUUUGAAAACUCACGGACCGAUGAAUAUCUCUAUGUGACGUUCGGCGGGCUGCCAGUUGGCCCCGCCGCGAGCUGCUACAUCCAUUAGUCCCGCACGAUGAGCCGGGCCGAGGGUCGCGAUGACCCAUAGGCCGGUAUUCGUGGAUGUUAAAGAGGAAGCCAUGCAGAUGGUUAUGUGUGCAUAUUUAUUGUUGGGCCAUGUGGCCGUUACCAUGCUUAUUGCGCAGCUGAAAUCACUCAACGCGCUCGAGUGAAAUGAUUAAAAGACGCUCGGCCCGAGUCUUGAAGACGUUCAGGGCCAGCUAAAGAGGAGACCACCACGGCGGAGGACCGUGAGACGAGCAUCUCCACCCCAGAGACCGAUGGCCUAGGAGAGAACACCUAGAGGCCGAGGGCCUAGAGGAGACCACGGCGGAGGACCGUGAGACGAUCAUCCAUCAUUCAGAGGCCGAGGGCCUAGAGGAGACCAUCACGGCCAAGGGCCGUGAGACCAUCCUGAUUUUCAGGUCGGCCUCUCAUCGCCGACAUUAUCAUACCACGACCGGCCCCUCGGCUCGGCGUGUUCAUCUUUUGAAGACCGGCCUCGUCCCCGCGCUGCGCGGAUGAGGACCGUUGCUUGGUUCUUUCAUGUCGGCCUCUCAUUGCCGACACCGUCGUACCACGACCGGCCUCUCGGCUUGGCGUGCCUAUCUUUUGAAGACCGGCCUCGUCCCCGCACUGCGCCGAUGAGAGCCGUUGCUGGAUUGCAGGUCGACCCUCAUUGCCGACACUGCCUCAUCAUGUUCGGCCUCUCAUCGCCGACAUCAUUAUAUCACAACCGGCCUCUCGGACCGGCGUGAUUACCAUAUUCGAAGACCGGCCUCGUCCCCGCCACCUCGCGGACAAGGACCGUUGCUUGACCAUAUCUUGGUCGGCAUCUCAUUGCCGACAUUAUCAUACCACGACCGGCCCCUCGGCUCGGCGUGUUCAUAUUUGAAGACCGGCCUCGUCCCCGCACUGCGCGGAUGAGGACCGUUGCUUGUUUUCUCAGAUCGGCCUCUCAUUGCCGAUAUCGUCAUAUCACGACCGGCCUCUCGGCAUGGCGUGAUUAUCAUAUUUGAAGACCGGCCUCGUCCCCGCCCUCGCGGACGAGAACCGUGCCUGUUUUUCUCAGAUCGGCCGCUCAUUGCCGACACCAUUAUACCACGACCGGCCUCUCGGCUCGGCGUGCUUAUCUUUUGAAGACCGGCCUCGUCCCCGCCCUCGCGGACGAGGGCCGUUGCUUGAUUUUCUCAGAUCGGCCGCUCAUUGCCGACACCAUUAUACCACGACCGGCCUCUCGGCUCAGCGUGCUUAUCUCUUGAAGACCGGCCUCGUCCCCGCCACCCCGCGGACGAGGACCGUUGUUUGAUUCUUUCGGGUCGGCCUCUCACUGCCGACACCAUCAUGUUAUGUUCGGCCUCUCGGCACGACAUAUUUAUCUUUUGAAGACCGGUUUCAUCCCCGCGCUGCGUUGGAUGAGAGCCGUUGCUCGGAUAUAUCGGCCUGACUGGACACUAUUGCCAUCUCCGUUAUCAGGACCGACUGCUCAGCAAUAUUAUGAUCAUUGUAUAUCGGCUCCCAAUGCCGACCUUCUUGAGUAAGCGAUCGGGCUCACCCCUCCCCUCCAGGAGGGUGACCAUCGCCUUCGCAUGACGACCAUCUAUUCCGUCGCCUCGUCAUUUUAUUCGUUUUGGUAUGCCACCACCAUUAUGUGUGACAUCCCGUGAUCCCUGCGAGUUUCUUGGAUACCGAAUGUCUUCUUCGAUGUAGGAAGAUCGGUAGAACCACGGACCAGGGACGGACGAACGAAGCACCAGGGAAUCUCGAUGCAGAUAAACCUGUUCCUCCUUGCGAUGUCUGCGGAUACCGAAUGUCUUCUUCGAUGUAGGAAGAUCGGUAGGACCACGGACCAGGGACGGACGAACGAAGCACCAGGGAAUCUCGAUGCAGAUAAACCUGUUCCUCCUUGCGAUGUCUGCGGAUACCGAACGUCUCCUCGAAGUAAGGACGCCGGUAGGACCAAGGACCAGGGACGAACGAAGCACCAGGGAAUCUCGAUGCAGAUAAACCUGUUCCUCAUUGAGAUGUCCGCGGAUACCGAACGUCUCCUCGAAGUAGGAACGCCGGUAGGACCAAGGACCAAUGACGAACGAAGAGUAUAGAUUGCCUCCCUCAAAAAAAAAAAAAAAAAAAAAAGAUGGGGAGAAGAGGAGGGUAGCUCCUAUGUGGAAGGGAAUCUUGCCCGGGUGUGCCAGAUCUUCUCCCACCGCCGAAGACGAACGCCUCUCGAUGUAGAGGUUAGUAGAGACGCGGAGGGGGCUAGACGAACCAAGGGAGCCUUGCCAAGAUAAACCUGUUCAUCCCACAAUGACCAUGGAUCGAUGGACGUGGGAUAACAAAGACGGGAACCCGUGAGGGUAAACCAGUUCGUCCCUGCGAGUUCCUUGGGUACCGAACGUCUUCUUCGAUGCAAGAGACGCCGGUAAGACUAAAAGGACCAGGGACGAACGAAAAAGGGGGAAUCUCGAUGUAGAUAUACCUGUUCCUCAUUGCGAUGUCCGCGGAUACCGAACGUAUCUUCGAUGUAAGAACGCCGGUAGGACCAAGGACCAAUGACGAACGAAGACUAAAAGACUCCAAAAAAAAAAAAAAAAAAAAAGAUGCCAGAAGAGCACGGAGCAAAGAAUGAUUUUAUCCCUUGGCACUAUUGGUUGUGAAGUACAAACUGAAAAACAUAUGUAAAGAAUAAUUACAAGACUUAAGUACGAAGAAUGAAGUGGCCGACGACGAUCGGCUAACAUCAGGUUUUCUUUUGCCUCGAACGACUAUUAGCUCCCCAGAUCAGGUAGAAGGGACAUCGCCCAGAUUUAUUUCAGGCUCACCAUUCCUUCCCGGAUGGAGCCCUCGCAGACGAUCGACUUCUCACAGCCAAUCAGGAGAGAGACUUGACACAUCACCAGCACGGCCGAGGGCCGUGAGACGAUUACCACUCACCGACAGGCCGAGGGCCAUGAGAUGAUCAUCACUAUUUUUCCGUAUCACGAUCGGCCCCUCAGCGCCAUCGUGUCCAGACUCACGGUUCGUCUUGCCCAUUCCCUCCAGGAUGGCGACGACCGUCUUAUGCAGUGCGAUCGGCCCCUCAGCGCCAUCGUACCUGGCUUCACGAUUCGGAUCGCCCCAUUCCCUCCAGGAUGGCGACGACCGUCUUAUGUAGCACGAUCGGCUUCUCAGCGCCAUCGUGUCUCUUUCACGUUCGGAUCGCGCAUCUCUUCCAGGAUGGCGACGAACGUCUUAUGCGGUACGAUCGGCCCCUCAGCGCCAUCGUACCUAGAUUCACGGUUCGGCUCGCCCAUUCCCUCCAGGAUGGCGACGACCGUCUUAUGCAGCACGAUCGGCUUCUCAGCGCCAUCGUGUCUCGUUCACGUUCGGAUCGCCCCAUUCCCUUCCAGGAUGGCGACGAACGUCUUAUGCAGUGCGAUCGGCCCCUCAGCGCCAUCGUACUUGGCUUCACGGUUCGGCUCGCCCAUUCCCUCCAGGAUGGCGACGACCGUCUUAUGCAGCACGAUCGGCUUCUCAGCGCCAUCGUGUCUCUUUCACGUUCGGAUCGCGCAUCUCUUCCAGGAUGGCGACAAACGUCUUAUGCGGUACGAUCGGCCCCUCAGCGCCAUCGUACCUAGAUUCACGGUUCGGCUCGCCCAUUCCCUCCAGGGUGGCGACGACCGUCUUAUGCAGCACGAUCGGCUUCUCAGCGCCAUCGUGUCUCUUUCAUGUUCGGAUCGCGCAUCUCUUCCAGGAUGGCGACAAACGUCUUAUGCGGUACGAUCGGCCCCUCAGCGCCAUCGUACCUAGAUUCACGGUUCGGCUCGCCCAUUCCCUCCAGGGUGGCGACGACCGUCUUAUGCAGCACGAUCGGCUUCUCAGUGCCAUCGUGUCUCGUUCACGUUCGGAUCGCCCCAUUCCCUUCCAGGAUGGCGACGAACGUCUUAUGCAGUGCGAUCGGCCCCUCAGCGCCAUCGUACUUGGCCUCACGGUUCGGCUCGCCCAUUCCCUCCAGGAUGGCGACGACCGUCUUAUGCAGCACGAUCAGUGCCCCAGCGCCAUCGUGUCUGGCUCACGUUAGGAUCGCCCAUCCCUUUCAGGAUGGCGACAAACGUCUCUUAUGCAGCACGAUCAGUGCCCCAGCGCCAUCGUGUCUGGCUCACGUUAGGGUCGCCCAUCCCUUUCAGGAUGGCGACGAACGUCUCUUAUGCAGCACGAUCAGCGCCCCAGCGCCAUCGUGUCUGGCUCACGUUAGGGUCGCCCAUCCCUUUCAGGAUGGCGACGAACGUCUCUUAUGCAGCACGAUCAGCGCCCCAGCGCCAUCGUGUCUGGCUCACGUUAGGGUCGCCCAUCCCUUCCAGGAUGGCGACGAACGUCUCUUAUGCAGCACGUCUGCCUCUCGGCGCUGACAUGCCCGGUUUAUCGAUGAGAGCCACCACUUUCUAUCACAUCUCACAUUCCUUCUCUCAUACAUUGCACCCAUACAUUACAUGCAUUCAUGCAUUCAUGCAUCAUACCUCAUACAUUCAUACAUACACACGUGCAUCGUGUUUUGACAGUACCGCGACGUCGGUUUAUAGAUACAUGGACCUCUAAGCUUCUCCGAUUGGAAAGCUCGAGUCAGAGUCCUUUACUCCCGCCUGAUGCAUUCAGGGGGAGUGUGCCCGUGGAGGAGCACCCUUCGCCCGACCCCGUCGGGAAGGGGGGUGCCUCACCGGCAGAUUACGUUCAGGAGUGCAGACACCCACUCGUAUAUUAUGAUUAUUCGAAGACGCAGUUUCCAGCAAGACAGAGGAAGAGCGCAGGCAAGAGUAUACUUUCUCGAGCAGAUUCGCACGCUCACUACUCAAGAAACUGGGGGACUUGUGUUGGGAUAUAUUAUCCCGGCCUAUUACUGUUCAGGAGCCCAAGACAUUAUCCAGUACGGAGCCCGAGCAGCUAGGCCCAUUUCGGCCCAUCCGGCCCACUUUGACCACCAGGCCCACUUCGGCCCAUGCGGCCCAUUAGGGUGGAGAGCCUCCCCUUCCCCUCCCCUAUAAAUACGGAGCUUAGCCUCCAUGUAAAGGAUCUCUUUCCUUCUUCCCCAACUCAUUUACUUUCUCUAGAAUAGCUUGCAAGACUCCAUUAAUGGGAGCUCAAAUUGUAUUAUGUAAUGGUGAGGAGAGUCCUAAUGAGAAUUGAGAGGGCUUGGACAUUAGCCUAAAAAGUCCCGUGGUUUUCUCCCUUUCGGGUUUCCACGUAAAAACUGAGUU